AUGUCAGAAUACCUUGUUCAGAUAGGAACUCUGGAAGAGGAGUCAGAAAAAAAUAUUGCUGAUCAACGGAAGAUGCUCGAAGAGAAAGAGGGUCUUAUGGUACAGAUGAAAGACCUGGAACGAGAAGUGGACUCUCUACGAAACCAGAAUAGUGAUUUGGAAGAGCAGCUAAGAAGUAAAAACCACGAGAUUGAUCAAAUGCUAACAGAAAAGGAGAGGCUGCAAGAUCGAAUUUCUAAAUUGGAAGAAGACUACUAUCCCACCUCUGCCAAUAAGAUCUUCUACAAUGGCCAGAUCAGAUCUGUUUUCCCUAUUUUCGGCAGAGAUUUGUUGUUUUCUGAUGUUGAAAAUUGUAAAGGUGAAAUGAAUUCUUCUAAGCCUCCUACUCCGUCGCCGAUUCAGAUUCCUUUAGCGAAGCUCAUGAGCGAGGACCGUGAUCCUCCUUCGUGCUCCUCCUUCGAAGCCGAUGAGCUCAAUGGAGUUCCAGUAGGAACCUACUGCAUCUGGAAAUCAAAAUUUGAUACAUCUGCAGUGGCAGAGUCGCCGGAGAGAUGUAAGAAGAGCAACUCGAUGGGAUCAUCAAAGCGGUGGAAGUUUCACGAUCUUCUCUACCGGAGCAACAGCGAUGGCAAGGACACCUUCGUCUUUCUCGUUCCUUCGAAUACCAAUUCGAAGAAAAAGAACAACAAGAAAGCCUCCAAGAGAGCAACAAAAGUAAAAGUUGCCAGAAAAGUGAAGCCGACGAUGGCUAGAGGAGAAGUGGCGGUGGCGCAGGAGGGAGAUCGGAGGCGGUUGUUGAUGCCAUACAUGCAAGAUUUGGUAGGGUUCUUUGCUAACGUGAACAGGUUGAGCAAAAAUCUCAAGGAAAUUGGAAAUGCUCUCAAAGGUGAAGUGAAUUCUUCUAAGCCUCCUACUCCGUCGCCGAUUCGGAUUCCUUUAGCGAAGCUCAUGAGCGAGGACCGCGAUCCUUCUUCGUGCUCCUCCUCCGAAGCCGACAAGCUCAAUGGAGUUCCAGUAGGAACCUACUGCAUCUGA